AUGUCGGAUAAUUUCGAUCAAAGAGAAGGAACUCAUAAAAAAAUUCAUCGAUUAUUAGAAGCAUUUGUUUAUGAUUAUCUUCGUAAAUCUGGAGCUCAUGAAGCAGCUAAAAAUUAUUAUAAAGAAGCUAG